CUGAGCGCGUCACUUCCGCUGCCGGCGCCGCGCGGAGCGGAGCUCCUCCGCCCCACCAUGCCUCUGCCCCGCCGCCUGCCUCCCCUUCGCCCUCUCCUCCUCCCCGCCCGGUGCCAGCCGGUGCCCCCCUGCCGCCGCCUCCGCGCCCCCUCGGCGGGCAGGGGCGCGGGGAUGCCCGUCUGGGGCCGCGUGGCCGUGGUGGCAGGGGCGGCGGCGGCGGCGGCGGCAGGGUGGCGGUACCUGGAGGAGGAGAAGCGGCGGCGGCGGCGGGCGCGGCGGCAGGAGGAGCUGCGGGCGCUGGCGCUGGGCCGCGGCGGGUUCCAGCUGGUGGACCACACGGGCAGGGCCCGCCGCAAGGAGGACUUCCUGGGCACCUGGGUGCUGCUCUACUUCGGCUUCACCCACUGCCCCGACGUGUGCCCCGAGGAGCUGGACAAGCUGGGCAGGGUGGUGGAGCUGCUGGAGGCGGAGGGUGCCCGGCGCGGUGCCAUCCAGCCGCUCUUCAUCACGGUGGACCCCGAGCGGGACACGGUGGAGGCGCUCGCCCGCUACCUGCGCGACUUCCACCCGCGCCUGCUGGCGCUCACCGGCAGCGCCGAGGCCGUGCGCCAGGUGGGCAGAGCCUACCGCGUCUAUGCCCAGGCGGGGCCCCCCGAUGCCAGCGGCGACUACCUGGUGGACCACAGCAUCGCCCUCUACCUGCUGGGCCCCGACGGGCACCUCCUGGACUACUACGGCAGGAGCAAGAGCGAGGAGCAGAUCGCCCGCAGCGUGCGGCACCACAUGGACACCUACCAGCCCCUGCCGCCCCCCGGGCACACCGACUGACUGGCACCACAUGGACACCUACCGGCCCCUGCCCCCCCCGGGCACACCGACUGACUGGCACCACAUGGACACCUACCAGCCCCUGCCCCCCCCCGGGCACACCGACUGACUGGCACCACAUGGACACCUACCAGCCCCUGCCACCCCCCGGGCACACCGACUGACUGGCACCACAUGGACACCUACCAGCCCCUGCCCGCCCCGGGCACACCGACUGACUGGCACCACAUGGACACCUACCAGCCCCUGCCGCCCCCCGGGCACACCGACUGACUGGCACCACAUGGACACCUACCAGCCCCUGCCCCCCCCCGGGCACACCGACUGACUGGCACCACAUGGACACCUACCGGCCCCUGCCGCCCCCCGGGCACACCGACUGACUGGCACCACAUGGGCACCUACCGGCCCCUGCCCCCCCCCGGGCACACCGACUGACUGGCACCACAUGGACACCUACCGGCCCCUGCCACCCCCCGGGCACACCGACUGACUGGCACCACCUCAGGGCAUUAAAAGUGGCACUGCUCCAGGGCAGUAAAAGUGAUUGGUGCCACAUGGGCAUCUACCAGCUCCUGCCUGUGCCCACUGAGGGGCAGAGAAGGUGCCUGGCACCAUCUUGAGAACAAUAAAACUGCUUGGCACCCA